AUGAAUAAUUUCACUGGUAUGAUUCCGGCGGAGAUCGGUAGGUUACAAGGACUAUUUUCACUUAACUUGAGCUCCAACAGAUUAUCUGGAGAGAUACCAGAACAGAUCUGCAAUCUCACGAACCUGCAGAUGCUCGACUUGUCUGGUAAUCAUCUCACUGGUAAGAUUCCAGCUGCAUUGAACAAUCUGCACUUCCUUUCCAGAUUCAACAUUUCUAAUAAUGACCUAGAAGGCCCUAUUCCAAACAUGGGCCAGUUCAGCACGUUUCCGGAUUCUAGCUUUGGUGGAAACCCAAAACUGUGUGGCCCUAUGGUUGCAAACCAUUGUGGUUCGGCAGAAGCAAGUCCAGUUUCCAUUGACCCUAUAAAACAGAUUGGUAGUGAGGCCAUCAUCUUUAUGACCUCCUUCGGUGUUUUCUUUGGAGUAGGAGUCCUAUAUGAUCAGAAAGUCUUAGCUAGACAUUUUGGCUGA